UAGAAAAUGUAUAAUUAAUAGUAAUAAGGUCCUGGAAGAUUAGUUUUUAGUAAUCUCAAGCCUUUAGCUGCUGUAAAAUACUUAAAUUAAACAAACCAAAAAUCUAUAAUUUAUCCAUUAAGAAAACCAAAGCCUACUGUUAUAACAAAUUCGAUGUUCAGAAAUCAACCUCUUAAAGGAGAAUUAUUUUUUGAUCCUAUUAAUCAUGAAGGAGGAUUCCCUUUGUGUACUAUAUCAAUGGCAGAUUAUAAAGAAGAUGGAACAUGUUAAUAAUGUAAUAAAAAAUGUAAGAAUUUUAAUGACUUUGAUAGUCCCCUUAAAGUAAUGGUAUUAUGAUCUGACUCUCGCUACAAUUAUUAUGUAAUUCAGAAACAAUCAAAACAAAAGAGAUAUAAUAGAAUGUGUCAAAUAUUAUGAUGAUGGAGAAUAUGAAAUACUUUAUACAGAUUAUUAAGAAGCUAUUGAAACAGAUUAAUAUUUAAUUGAUGAUCCAAUUAUAGAUGAAUUGAUUAAUGUUCAAAAAUAAGUCUCACAAAAAGUUGGAGGCAAUUAAAAUGUCAUUCUUGAACAAAGUCCUGAUCUUAUUGAAAAUUUUACAAAAAUUAUCGAGAGUGCAUUAUAAUAAUGAUAAAUAUUU